AUGACUGCUCCCCAUCCAAUCCUCAAAAUGAGCGAUCCUCAAAAACAUUGGGACAAUUUGAUUCCCAAUUUGGAAAUGGUAGUGGGGCAGUUCGGAAGAUUUCUGAAACCUAGCCUGUCAUUCACAGUUGAGGGACUGACGCCCGAUGUGCAAUACACUGUUGCAAUGGGCUUCAGAAGAUGGGAUACCCACAGGUAAGUGAAAAGUGAAAAAAAAAGAAACUGAGAUUUUGCUUGAUUUUCAGGUGGUGGUUCAACUUGGGCAAUUGGGAAAUCACGUCGAGAACUGCCGCGGCUCCAAUGGAAGCAGAGGGAGUCGUUGUGCAUCCAGCUGGACUUAUGACCGGUGAACAGUGGAACCGCGCGAGCAGUAUUCCAUUCUCAUUUGUCCGAAUCACAUCAAGAAAUUCUUUCGAUGAGAAGCCAGAGUUCGACAAAACAAGUCUACUUGUAAUUUUUAAGAAUUUUCGACCCAUCUAUUCAAUUUUUAUUACAGUUUCCUCUGUGGACAUGCCACAAAUACAUCCCAUUUGUGAUCAUUGAAAGCCACGACAAAAAGGAACGCUAUGAAUAUAUACUUAUGUUCGCCACUUUCAUGGCCGUCGGCUAUGUGAGAUCUGAAAAAAUGCGUGAUUGGAAAAAAGCGGUGCACGUUGAAGUGAGUAACAGGAUUUCAGUGAAUCUUCAUGAAAACCUCAUCUUUUCAGACAGGUUCUAUUCAGUCCGCCUUCGACGUGGUUAGAAGAGGAUUUUCUAAUCCGAUUCUUUCUUAUCCAAUUGAAAUCUCAUUCAUCAACGCUCCCUCGGAAACUUCGGAAGCUGCGAAGGCAUCGGAAACUCUGGAAUCUAGCUGA